CUGUCUCGAAGGCCCCGCCCCCUCCGUUCAACCGACCGUGCAGAAGAAACUUAUGCGUGGGAACAAAACUUCGCUGAAUGUAGAUUAAUGUGACAUAACGUAUUAUAAAACACAUCACGUUUUCACUUAAAGCAUAUUAAUGCGCACACAAUGACGCGAGAGGAGGACCUGUUGCGGAUUGCUAAAAAACUAGACAAGAUGGUGUCUAGAAAUAACAUGGAUGGAGCUGUAGAUCUUCUAAGAGAAUUGAAAGAUUUCAACAUGACACUGAAGCUUCUUCAGGAUACAAGAAUCGGCAUGUCUGUCAACAGAAUAAGAAAACAUUGCACCAACGAGGAUGUUGUCAACUUGGCAAAGAUCCUUAUCAAAAAUUGGAAGAAGCUUCUAGAAUCGGCUCAAAACCAAAAGUCUGAGAGGUCAAAUGAGGUGAAGAAUGGCAAUCAUCCAAGCACGCCAUCAGGGUCACCCAACAGGACCUCUCCUGAGAGAGAGUCCAGGAAAGAUGCUCCUGUUGAUUUUUUCCCUCCUGCUUUGAUCAAUUCCCACCCUCCUCUAAGACGCUCAUCAGUAGAUGUAAAGAAAGAGAGAAAAGACACUCAGGGUCCAUUACAGUCUUUUCUCAGUAAACAUCCCUCCAUUGAUGGAAAGAAAGAAAGGAGAGAUGCACCUCAUCCUUUCUUUCCUCUUCAUCAUCACAUUCAUCCUCCUCCUAUUCCUAUCCCUAAGCGUUCAUCAGAGGUGAAGAAUGAAAGGAAAGAUCCUCCUGAAACUUUACCUCCUCCUGCUCCUAUCCUUUCUUCUCCUCCUCCUCCCAAGCGUCCAUCACUAGAAGAGCCCAAAGAAAGGGCAAAAAAAGCAACUGAUCCGAAUGCCCCGCUUCCUCCUUUACCUUUUCAUCUACAUCCUCCUCAGAAACGCGAGAUGAAGAAAGAGAGAAAAGAAACGGCUGAACCCAGUGCUCCUCUUCCUCCUGUUCCUCUUUAUCUUCAGCCUCCUACACCUAUGAAACGUCCCUCAUUAGACGCAAAGAAAGACAAAGAGAAAGAAAGAAAAGACACAUCAGACCCGAAGCGACGGACUUCUGAACACAAUGAGAAAGAUAGAAAAGACACAAGUGACAGUAAACCACUCAAAAGGCCAUCAAUGAAGAUAGAGAUUGAGAGAAAAGAUUCUACAGGUUCUAAAAAGCUCCAUUCUAGAAAGCUCAGCCUGGAUGGACGGAGAGACAGUAAGGACUCUACUGACUCCAAGUCGAGCCAUCACCUUUUGAAAAGACAAUCAAGUGAACCUAAAUUGGAGAGGAGAGAUUCUACUAACUCCAGGUCUGGAAGCUCACCUCAGGCCAGGAAAUCUAGUGAAAGCAAGAGUAAACCAGAGACCCCAAAGACGCCCACAACACCCACAAGCCCCCUCUCCCCGUCAUUUAGCUCCAGUAUGGGUCCUUUAUCUCCUCGUCUGCAAACUGGGGAUCCCAUCAGGGACAAAUGCAUUGAAAUGCUGACUGCUGCGCUACGUACAGAUGAUGACUACAAAGACUAUGGGGCAAACUGUGAGGGCAUGGCAGCAGAACUCGAAGAUCAUAUCUACCAGGAGAUAAAAGCCACAGAUAUGAAAUACAAGAACAGAGUUCGCAGCCGCAUAAGUAACCUCAAAGAUCCCAAAAAUCCCAAUCUGCGUAAAAAUGUCUUAGCUGGAGCCAUCGAUUUGAGCCGCAUCGCCAUCAUGACUGCUGAGGAGAUGGCUAGUGAUGAACUGAAACAGUUGAGAAACGUGUUGACCCAGGAGGCCAUCCGAGAACAUCAGAUGGCCAAGACUGGAGGAACCACCACUGACCUGCUGCAGUGUGGCAAGUGCAAGAAGAAAAACUGCACCUACAACCAGGUGCAAACCCGCAGUGCUGAUGAACCAAUGACCACCUUUGUGUUGUGCAAUGAAUGUGGUAACCGCUGGAAGUUCUGCUAAACUGAAGCCAGAACUCCAAGAACAAUGACCAUGUAGGAUUCCUCAUCUUUUUUUUUUUUUGGAAGAGAAAUUAAUAUAACAUUCUAUUCUACCAGAAAAUGGCCCCAAAUUUAUAAUAGGUAAAUUAAAGCUGCAGUCCGUAACUUUUUUUCAUUUCAAAAUGUACCAAAUUUAUAUAAGCGAAUACACCAUGAAUCCAUUUUCCAAACCAUGUUUUUGACUUAUCCUGAAUCACUACGGUACACCUAUAAUAAGUGUUUAUAGUAUUUUAGGUUCGGGUAGGUACCGCUGCGGAGUAGUCCAGUACCUGCCUGAUUCAUUUCAUCAUAGACAUAAACACAGAGAAGUACAAUGUUUUGUUUAUUGACUGCUAGAGCGCAAAAAGUUAUGAACUGCAGCUUUUAAUCUUUAAC